AUGUCCGCGCCGCUCCUCGAUCUUCUCGAGUCUGGGGUGGGCAGGCACACGAAGCGCGACCGCGCGUGGCUGAAGCCAGUGGUCGAGGUGCUGGCGACCAACGGCGUCGAGAGUCCGGAGGACCUGGUCGAACUCAACGUCAGGGCCGCGACCUUCCAGCCCAACGGGCUGGAGCCGGUGAGCGCCCUCCUGCAGGCGCUCCAGGGCGGCCGCAAGCCAGCGGUCCACGUGGACAUCGCCGCAGGCCUGGGCGGCGUGACCUUGGCGGGCUUGCCAGCGUCGUGCUGGCCGUCUCCGCAACUGACCGACUGGGCGCAGGGCCAGGUCAAGGCCGCGGAGAGCAGGGGCAUCACGAAGCCCUUCCUCUACAUGCCGAUCAAGAAAUUCCUCCCGUACUACGCGGCGGACAAGAGGCAGCCCGACGAUCCCGAGGGGGAGCGCGGCGUCGAGCGGUCCUUCGCGCAGGAGAUCGCUCGCGGCAUCUGCCAGGCGAGGGACCCCGACAAGAAGCAGGGGGACCUGCCGAGCAUCCUGCAGCGGUGCGUCGCGUUUGACAGAUGGGCAAUCGUCGCGGCGCUCACCGGUCAGAUGCCGCUCACGGCGUCCAUGGCCCACAAGGAGGUCGUGAUGCAGCUCGCCCUGUCGGCGCGGGCCAGUGGGCGCACGACCGCGAUCGCCGUCCUCUACGACGAGAUCGCCCGGCGCGAAUGGGCAGACCUUUCAGCGGGCCUGGGCGCCUUCGACGUCGCCGCGGCCGCGCAGUCGCAGAACGCGGCCACCGUGCUCCGGGCGGAGCGCGAGUGCGACGCCCGCGGGUUCCAAGUGGUGCACGACCGAGCUCCAGCGCAGUCGAAGGGCAAGGCAAAGGGCGCCGGCAGGGGCCACAAAGGCGGCAGCGACCACAGCGCCAAGGGCGGCAAGGCCAAGGGCUACGGCAAAGAGCACAAGGGCAAGCCCGCGAACGACUCUCACCGCUGGCAGGGGCAUUACUCGUCCGGGAGUGCCGCCAGCGGGGCGCAGGCGCCGUCAGCCGCGGAGCCAGUGAGGGUCCAGUCAGGUGCAGUUCUCCCCAACACAUCCUGCGCUGAUCUGAGUUGCUUCCAGUCGGCAUUCGACGCUGCCAGCGCGCAAGCUCUGCACGGCGAAUUAGCGCCCGAUGAGGUCGAGGCGCUGCGUUUCACGCGUGAGGCGCUCGGCCGCCGCGACGCGCAGCCGAAGCGCACGGACGUGCAGUGCGAGUGCAUGGAAGCGUUGCGGUGGAGCGCCGCGCGUAGCCUACGCCAGCGCAUCAAAGAACGCGAGGAGCGCGUUCGGCGCAUCGAAGCCCGGGCGGCGCACUUCGAGGCGUCCGGGGAGGCCGAGGCCGCGAGAAAGGCUGCGCCACCGGAAUUCAGGCCGCUUAUCGCAGGCGUCAACAUUCCACUUUUAAAGGAAUUGGCGCGUGAGUCUGAGUGGCACGACGCAGAGUGCAUCGACUUCUUCUCGCGAGGCGCCCCUCUGUUGGGUAACCUAGAAUGCAGCGGCAACGGUCGCGCGCUCAGCCCGGAAGAGCGCGCGGGCGACACUAGCGCUGAGGUAGCCCGUUUGCGUGCCAGCGCGCUCGCGUGCAACGACUUGAUACUUGCAUCAAUUCGCGAGGAUCCCCUCGCCAGCGAGCUGCUCCGUAAGACGCGGGAGGAGGCGGACUUGGGUAGGAUGUCUCCGCCGCGGGCUUUUAGGCCCGACAUCUCCGCGGCCGAGCUUGCCGCUGCUUGGGGCGAAACAAUUCGUCUGGUGCCCAGGUUUGGGGUCUCGCAACCGAAGCCCGACGGGUCGCUGAAAGUGCGCCCGGUGGAUGACUUCACGCGCUCCAGGGUGAACGGCGCGUGCGCUCCCGCCGAGAAAUUAAGCGUAGAGGGCGCGGACCAGCUGGUAGCGGUCGCGCGCGCCUUCUUCGAGUUGCACGGCGCACUUCCCGAGCUGUGGAAAGCGGACAUAGAUUCCGCUUACCGCCGCAUCCCGUUGGCCCCCGCCGAUAGGUGGGCCGCUGUCAGUGUUUUCAAGGAGGGCGGCCGCCUGUGGUGCUCGCAGCACCUGGUCUGCCCGUUCGGCGCGCUAGCAUCUUGCCACGACUGGGACCGCGUGGCCGCCAUGCUCUCGCACUUCGCAAGGCGGCUCGCCAAGCUGCCAGUUUCGCGAUACGUAGACGAUUAUUUUGCGCCGGAUCGCCCCGGCGCGGCCGACCACGCCAUGCGGUGCUUCGCUCGCAUCGUCAGAGCCGCGCUCGGCAGCGACGCAGUAGCCGACGCGAAGCUGGCGCACGGGGCCCAGUUGCCAGCGUGCGACAAGCGGCUCAAGUGGUCGUCCGCCAUCCGGCAUGCUUUAGAGUGCGGCACGUUGCACCAGGGCGCUGCGAAGAAACUCGCGGGCGCUCUCGCACGGGCCGCGCAGCACUUGUUUAAGCGCUUGGGCAGAGCAAUGCUCCGCCCACUCUUCGCGCACCAGCACAAGCGCUCCAAUCGUAUCGGGCGGCCUCUCGAGCUCGCGCUGCACUGGUGGGCCCAAGUGCUCGAGCUCAGGCUGCGCGAAGUGGCCAGCUGGGAGCAAGGGGACAUGCCCGCGGCACGCAUGUUCUGCGACGCGCGGAGCACGCCCCCUCGCGCCGCCGCCUGCGCACCCGACGCAGCUCUGACGCGGAAUUUCAAGCACAGACGCGACGGCCGGAUUAUGGGCCUCGAGGUCUUGGCGGUCGCAUUAGGCUUGUCGUCUUUUGAAGAGCGACUGGCAGAUCGGGCGCUGGAAGUGUUCUCGGACAAUUCGGGGGCCGAGAGGUCAGUGGCGCGCGCGAGCGCCCGGGACUGGGAUCACACAGUCCUCGUCCACGGCGUUGGGUCUCUCGCGGCUCGCAUGUCCCUGUCGAUGUGGGUGCACCGCGUCCCGUCCAAAAGCAACAUCUCGGACGGGCCGUCCCGCGAGGUCUACAGUCUCUUGCACCUGCUCGGCGCGCGCCAGGUGCCAGCGGCACUCGAUGCGCGGUUUCGCGCAGCCGAGGCCUGA